AUGACUCCCACGACGCAACACCCAAUCCCCCCCUCCUUGCGUGAAACCCACGACCUCAUUCAGCUCAUUCGGGCUUCGGAUAGAAGCCACCACGCAUCACCAGCAACCUCUGAGCGAAAACCCCCUGGAUCUUCAGGCCCCAUAUUGGCCCCCCCGCUCUCCGGCCCACACCCUAUCUCUCUGCCCCUUCGCGCCAGUUGGACCUUGCCUUCCAGAAUGGCUGGGGUGCGAAAACUCUCACCAACUACGGCUAUGCAGUCGACCGCUUUCUUCUGUUUUGCGACAACGAGUCAGUCCCGGCUCACCUCCGACUCCCCACCCAUGAAUUCAUUCUUUCUGCCUACGCCGCGUGUCAUACCGGCAUCCACGCUGGAUCUACCGCGCGAAAACGACAUUGCGGCGCUAAAACCCUGGCAUAUCGCCCAGAAACAGCCCUGGCUCGGCGGCCCGAGAUUGCACUACGUCCUCUCUGGCGUUGACGCACUCUCCCCCUCAGGUCACGAACUGACCACCAUGUCCUCCAAUUACCGCAGAUAUGCUCCUCCACUUGCGUUCCGGGCUCAACCUCACCUCAUCCUUUGA